AUGAGGAUGGCCGAGAAAAAUUCUUUAGAAAAAGGACAGUUGGAUAAGCAGAAAUGGAGCCCCCCAAUUUCUUUGCUCUAUUUCUACCUGAGGGUCUAUUGUGGACGGGGCAGUAUUUUUAGGGAAGAAUGUAUUCAGCCCCCAAGACCGCUAGUCACUGACAAGAGAACCAGGGACAAGGUUCUUAAACAAGGAUUCUCCCAGGACAAAAUCCCACCCAACCUGGAUGCACUGGUGAUUGGAAGUGGUAUAGGAGGACUGUCAGCAGCUGUUGCUCUCGCAAAGGCUGGGAAAAGAGUCCUUGUCUUAGAGCAGCAUGAUCAAGCAGGAGGUAGUUGUCACACGUUUCAAGAACACGGCUAUGAGUUUGAUGUGGGUCUCCACUAUGUCGGACAGAUGCACGAAGGAGGAAUGUUUAGGGUGAUCAUGGACCAAUUAACGGAUGGACAACUUCAGUGGAAACGUCUGGGAGAUCAGUAUGACUCAGUCAUCAUAGGCCAGAAGGUGUACCAAAUUUAUGCAGGAAAAUGCGAAUUUCCAGAUGCCCUAAAAAAGCAGUUUCCAGGAGAAGAGGAAGCCAUUGACAAAUUUGUCACUUUGAUGAAGAAGGUGGCUCGUCAUGUUCCUCUGCUAGCAAUACUGAAGAUGAUUCCACAGUAUUUAGCCCUGUUCCUCCUGAAGUCUGGUCUUCUUCACCGACUUUCUCCAGUAUUCCACCUCGCAGAAUCCAGUCACCAGGAUGUGGUAGGAGGACUAACAAGCAACAAAGAGCUCCAGACCAUGUUCAGCUACCUUUUCUAUGGAGUCCCUCCCAAUGACUCUAGCUUCAUGAUCAAUGCCCUUCUUCUCCAUCACUACAAAAGAGGAGCCUGGUAUCCUCGAGGGGGGAGCAGUGAAAUUGCCUUCCAUAUGAUUCCUGUUAUAGAGCGAGCUGGAGGCACAGUAUUUGUACGAGCCCCUGUUACACGGAUCUUAAUGAGCAAUGGUAGAGCCACAGGGGUGGCUGUUCAGAGAAAAGAUAAAGAGAUACGUAUUUAUGCUCCUGUGGUCAUAUCCGAUGCUGGCAUAUUCAAUACCUAUGAGCAACUUCUACCUCCUGAGAUUAGAAACACACCAGAAGUGGAAUCCCUCCUGUCUAGUCUGCAGUAUGGGAUGGGUUGCUUUUUAGUCUUUGUAGGUAUACGUGGGACAAGUGAUGAGCUGGGGCUGAAGUCUACCAACCUCUGGAUCUACCCAGACAGUGACCUCAACAGCUUGAUGGAUAAUUUCUCAUCUUUGGAAUUUGAAGAGGUGUGCGAGCACUUACCGCUGAUGUUCAUCACUUUUCCAUCUGCUAAGGAUCCCACUUACAGUCAAAGGCAUCCAGGCCAUUCAUGUAUGACACUGUUGACCAUGGCACCUUACAACUGGUUCCACCAAUGGAACGAUCAAAAACCACGCCACCGCGGUCAUGAGUACCAUAGUAUGAAGAUGAAAUUGGCCAAGCGCAUGGUUGAAAGAGCAAUAGAAGAAUUUCCACAACUACAAGGCAAGAUUGAAUACAUGGAAGCUGCCACCCCAGUAAGCAAUGAAUAUUACUUACGGGCACCAAAGGGGUCCAUGUAUGGUGCUGAGCAGAACUGCAGCAGAUACCAAUGCGAGAUUAUCAGCAGAAUGAGAUCACAGACUGCAGUACCCGGAUUAUACCUGACAGGGCAGGAUGUCUUCAGCAGUGGGGUGGCAGGUGCGGUACAUGGAGGCUUGCUCUGUGCCUCCGCUGUGCUCAAUAAAAUCCUGUACAUCGACCUAUUCAUGCUGAAAAAGAGGCUUAAAAAGCGGAUAAAACAGAGACGCUCAUAGAG